AUGUCUCUACCACAGCUGAACAGUCUUUCAGCAUGCCACAAAUUCCUAACCACCCAACCCGCCUCGGAAAUCGCCGAUCAACUCCUCCACGACCAAGAUCUUUGUCGAUCUGGCGGUGUUCCAUCCCCCCUUGUCUAUUGCCUGCCCCAGGACUCUGACCACAUAAUACGAGCUUUGAAUGAUGCCGAUCUCAAAGUCCCCAUGCCCAUUGCGCGCAUGAGGUUCGCCAGCAUCGUCUCCGGAAUAAAAUCGUACCUCGUUGAACUCCCUUCAUGGGAGUCAACGGAUACGCUCGAAAUCCCCGAACAUAUGAUCCCCACCGACGCUGAUUUUAAUGCAGCGCUGAAAGUCCUGGCUUACCUCCGAUUACCCCACAUUAAAGCGCUUCCCGAUCCACUGACGCCGCUACGGCAAGUAACUGAGGUCAUCCAGACACAACUCUUGCUGGGCUCUGAUCUCCGACACGCCUCACGCAAAAAAAUUACCAAAAGGCGUUGCUACAUGUGCCAGUACAACAUUCAUUCUCCACACAAAUUCUACGCAGCGCUCUGUAACCCAUGCGGGGAGUUUAAUAUCUCUUCUUCAGAGCAAUCUCUUCCCCCCAACCUUGAUCUGAAAGGGAAGACCGCGUUAGUCACAGGGGGCCGCGUAAACCUCGGUUAUUACACGGCAUUGCGACUUUUACGCUGUGGGGCGAAUGUGGUCGUAUCUACACGGUAUCCUUUCGAUGCGCAAACGCGUUAUUUGGGAGAGGAAGACGCUGAGAAGUGGAAAGGGAGGCUGAAGAUUGUUGGGGCCGAUUUUAGGACUGCCAAGGAUGUUUUCGGGCUUGUCAAGGCCCUGAAGUCGUGCUUGGAGGAGUGGGCUGCGACUGAGGGCGAUGUGACGUCUUAUGGGAAGCUGGACAUAUUGAUCAACAAUGCAGCGCAAACGCUCACGGACGCCGUGGAAACGGAAGGUCAGAAUAUUUUAUUGGAGGAGGGAUUGAGUAACUUGGGUGAGCAGGGGGUGGUGGUUGACGCGAAUUAUAGGGCAAGAGUGAGAGGCGGGGUGCAGGGAUACCAUAUCGAACUUCCUUCCCGGGAGGGAUUAAUGUUGAAAAGCGCGGAAGGGGAAUUAGACAGCAAGCUCGCGGUUUCUGUCAACACCAACGCGCUCGGAGAUUCAUCCUGGGUCCAAAGGAUCAAUGAAAUCCCUUACGAGGACGUUGUCUCUGCGCUUAGCGUCAACACAUUUGUGCCAUUCAUCCUGCUCCGCGAAUUACUCCCUCUAAUGUCGAUUAAAUCGGAUGCUCCAAGCAUCGGGAAACCUACACUAAAUCCAUCGGGCUACGUUAUCAACGUCUCCUCGCGUGAGGGAAUUUUUGAGAACGAACCAAAACAUCCAUACAAGGCUGGGCGGCAUGUUCACACUAACAUGUCCAAAGCCGCCUUGAACAUGUUGACCGAGACGGAAGCCUCCACUGCAUGGAAAAAAUGUAAGGUUGCGGUGAAUUCGGUGGAUCCAGGGUACAUGAGUGCCGAUCCGGUGUGGCAAGAAAUUGUGGGGAGGAAAGGGGAGAAGUGCCCGAUCGGGUGGGAAGACGGGGCCGGAAGAGUGUUGUGGCCUAUUGCAAAAGGGGAGAAGGGCGAGGUCAUUUGGGGGAGAUUUUUGAAGCAUUUUAGAGAGGUGCCAGGAACUGGGCCGAACUUCUAA